UUGCUUGUACAGCGGUUUCAUUUAUACUGGGAGCACCGCUGUAAACAGCACAUUCAUCAUGGACUACGCCAACAAGACGUUACCUUCAGAAGCCCCUAUGGAGUUGGACGGUGGGACGGCAGCAGCGUGUGUUAUCCUGGGUCUUUCCUUCCUGGUCGGAGUUCCUGGGAACCUGUUUGUAAUCUGGACUAUCCUGAGGCACAUCAAACAGCGCUUUCACACUGUGGUCCUCAUCCUGCACCUAGCAGUGGCAGACAUGAUGGUCCUCAUCACUCUGCCCGUGUGGAUCUACUCCCUGGUGUGGACCUUUGAGUUUGGAACGGUAGUUUGCAAGAUCUUGAUGUGUGUUAUUACAGUGUGCAUGUUUAGCAGCAUCUUCCUCGUCACCCUUAUGAGCGUGGAACGCUAUCUAGCCGUCUGUCAUCCCUUUCUGAUGAUGCGCUGGAAGACUGAAAAGAAUAUGAAUAGAUGCAUUGCCUUUUUGUGGCUUCUUGCGCUUCUUUUUGGAUUGCCCAGUACUUUAACCCAGAACUUGGAAGGAAGCGACAAAAAUGAGCUGUGCUUUGUCAGAGACUUAAACAAUAACAGCCAAGUAAUUGCCUUCUUAUGCCUGGAGACUUUGCUGGGCUUCGUGGUUCCUUUCAUUACGCUUAGCAUCUGUUACUGUCUCGUGGCCGCACGGAUCAAGAGACUUAGACUCAAAUCGAAAAGGAAAUCCAGAGUUCUCAUUCACGCCGUGGUGCUUGUUUUCCUCCUGUGCUGGUUGCCUUACCACCUUAUUAAUAUUAUUGAUGUAGUUUGCAUCUCUAGGUCAGACGAAGAUUAUGAAUGCGUCCCGGAAAGUUUUGUCCUCGUCUCUGGUGCCCUGGUUUUUAUCAGCAGCACUGUGAAUCCUGUAUUAUACGCCCUCUUCGCCAGGAACUUCAGAAGCAGUCUUGAAGAGUCUAGUCUGGUCAAGCUGUUUCAGGAACUGGCCUCAAGCACAAAUAGACUCAGGGAACUCGCAAUUCAACAACAGAAGGACCAGAAGUCGGGAGAGACAGGCAUCAUGUCUACCUCCCUUACUUAAAAAUGGGGACAACAAUUACUGCUCUUAUGGAAAAACUGGGCUGAAAGGUGUAAAUAUUUCCUAUUGUACAGACAUCAACUCGGAUCUAAGAGGUUUUGCAAUAAUAAUAAGGAGUUGCAAUUCUCCUUACUACCACAUGGCUACACCCUUGCCUAAAGAUUC